AUGGAUGUGGUGUUUAUGGAAGUACUAAUACGUUCUGCGAGCCGUUACGUGUUCCGCUCAGGAAUGUGGGCGGACAAACAACGGGACGAUUGUAGAUCUGUAGGUGCGCCUGACUCUGUUUAUGUGACGUGUGACGCGUUCGGCGACGUGCGCGACGGCUGGCGGGCGCGAGUGCCACGCUGCGUACACGUCCCCGAGCCGCCGCCGCCACGCUCGCCGGUCGCUCGAUCCUCACACACUAACCACUCGCACAAAGGUGUUGAAUGGGCGUACGCGCGAGCCACCAGCAACAAAAACAUAAUAGUCGUGAGGGAGCCAAACACUCAACACGUUCGCACUGCAAACAUCACCGACUUGGGUAAUUUCGCUCAACGGGAAAGUCACAAGAGGGUCCACUCUUCGCACACUUCCAUUUCGAAAAUAAAUGAGUUAAUCAAAAUAGAACGAGGUCUAUGCGAAGAAAAUAAAGGUCCAUACCAAAUAGAAUGGGAAAAGUUUGAAGAAUGUAAAGGUCCCAAACAGAGCGAGUGCGGUAAGUUCGAAAUCAAGAGUUCGCAAAAUAAAUCCGACGUUGUGUUUCUGUUGGAUUUUCCCAAGGACUGCCCGGCUACCUCGGCAAAAAUUGUGGUUAGCACGAUGAGCAACAACGUCACAAAGAAGUUGUGGAACUAUGCUUUGAACAAGCCCUGCGAACAUUUUGUUAUGGGGCCCGUCCUCGUAGAUUCGUUCAAUUUGACUAAGAAUUGCAAAGUUAACAAGCAGAGCGAGAUCUGCGGAGUAAAUCUGGUCGGUAAUGGCGCGCGGUGCCACCUGAGCCGGUGGCGGCCGCCUCGCUAA